AUGGAGUCGAAGGAUAGAAACUCGGCGUCAGGCAUGGUGUGUGAGAAGGGGAUCCAGAUCCUCCUCACCACCGUGGGGGCUUUCGCUGCCUUCGGCCUGAUGACGGUGGCAAUAGGGACGGACUACUGGCUGUACUCCCGUGCCCUCAUCUGCAACAGCACGGCCAACGUCUCCCAGGAUGACCCCCACAACAAGGACAAGAAGGACCCCGGGGCGCUCACCCACUCCGGACUGUGGAGGAUAUGCUGCCUGGAAGGAGUGAAGAGAGGAGUUUGUUCUCAGAUCAACCACUUCCCGGAGGAUGCAGACUUUGACCAUGACGGGGCAGAGUACGUCCUACGGGUAGUCAGGGCUUCCAACAUCUUCCCGAUCCUCAGUGCCAUCCUGCUGCUGAUGGGAGGCAUGUGCAUCGCUGCUAGUCGCUUGUAUAAGAGCAAAAGAAACAUCAUCCUGGGGGCUGGGAUCCUGUUUGUGGCUGCAGGACUGAGUAACAUCAUCGGUGUGAUCGUGUACAUCUCGGCUGCGCUGGGCGACAUCUCUCCGAAGAAGGAUGAGGAUAAGAAGUGGCAGUACUCAUACGGUUGGUCCUUUUACUUCGGAGGCCUGUCCUUCAUCAUGGCCGAGAUGGUCGGGGUGCUGGCCGUCAACAUCUACAUCGAGAAGAACAAGGAGCUGCGCUGCCGCUCGCGCACCGACAUUUUCAAGAGCACGACGCACGCCAUGCUCCGCCUGCCCAGCUACCGCUUCCGCCGCCGAUCCCGCUCCUCGUCCCGCUCCACCGACCCCUCUCGGUCCCGAGACCCCUCACCUGUAGGGGGAGGUGGGGGCAAGAACUUUGGCCUGCCCCCGUCCGCGCUGCUUUCCCAGGGGCCCAUCUCAGUGUCCACUCUACCCAACCCCCACUCCCGCUCCCACACGGCCCUGGCUGGAGGUGACAUCUCCCUCUACACGUUGUCCCGCGACCCCAAACUGGGCGGCUUGCCACCCAUGUACGGAACGGUGGACAGGGCCACGCUCUACCAGCUCCACAACUGCUUCCCAAAGGACGGGGGUGGAGGGGGAGUGAUGAUGAGCGGCACACUCCCCUCGCUUAAGUCCCACAACCCUUCAAAUUCUUCCAACUCCAACGCGCAGAUGCCCAACUCGGUGGGCUCCGGCCCUCCGCCCUUCAACUCGUCCACAGUCGACAGGGAGCGAGGGAUGGGGACUCUGGACCGGCUCAAGGGGGACAGGGAGAGCAACUCUAACACCCUCAAUAGGAAGACAACGCCUGUGUAG